AUGUUCCGAUUUGCAACAAGCAUCAAAAAUAACAAUCUAUCUCGCUUUUUCUUCGGCUUUUUUACUCUCUCAACCUUUCUUGUUUUUAUUCUACCACUCACUUUUAUUCUUUCUUUAUUCACGCUUUUUUCAUUCUUACAAAUUUCUUCAUUUCGCCAGGAUUUUUCUUUCGUUUCAUUUAAUUACACAUUCCUUUUCUUUCUUUAUUUAGUUUUCCCAAGACGUUUUUUUCCUAAAUUUCAGCCCGUUCUUUUUUUCUUUUUCUUUUUUCACAUCUUUAUCUUUAUUUCUGUAUCUCCACACUUCUUUAGUUCUUAUAUUUUCCGAUCACUAUUUUUCUUUCUUUCUAGUUGCUUUCUUCAUUCUCUGUUUUUUCUAGGGAAAUUCCGUUUCAAAAUAUUCUUUAUAUUUUCUUUUAUCUCGUGUCAUUCUUUCUUUAUUUUUUCCUUUCUGUUAUUCUUCAACUUUCUCCCUCUCGAAGUUUCUUUGUUUCUUUCUUCAAUUUUCUUUUCUUUCAUCGGGUUUCUUUCUUAUUUUUUUAUUUUUUUUUUCAUUUUCUGUAAUAUCCCUCUUUCUUUCUUUCAACGACUCUCUCUUUUAAAGAACUUUUUUUUCUUUCUUUCUUUCUUUCUUUUUUUUUCUCUUUUCUUUCUUUCUUUCCCAUUUUCUUUCUCUUUUUCUUUUUUUUUUAACAAAAAUUUUUCAUUCUCUUCUCAACAUCCCUAUCUUUAUUUCUUUCUCUUUUCAACCAAAAAUAUUUUCUUUCUUUCUCUUUUCAAUAACUUUUUUCUUUUCUUUCCAUUUUCAACAAUAUUUUCUUUCUAUUUUCAACAACUUUUUUUACUUUCUUUCUCUUUUCAACAACUUUUCUUUCUUUCUUUCUUUCUUUCUUUCUCUUUUCAACAACUUUUCUUUCUUUCUUUCUCUUUUCAAAAACUUUUCUUUCUUUCUUUCUCUUUUCAACAACUUUUCUUUCUUUCUUUCUCUUUUCAACAACUUUUCUUUCUUUCUUUUUCUUUCUUUUCUUUUUUUUUCUUUCUUUCUUUCUUUCUUUCUUUCUUUCUUUCUUUCUUUCUUUCUCUUUUCAACAACUUUUCUUUCUUUCUCUUUUCAACAACUUUUCUUUUUCUUUUUCUUUCUUUCUUUCUUUCCUUCUUUCUCUUUUCAACAACUUUUCUUUCUUUCUUUCUCUUUUCAACAACUUUUCUUUCUUUCUUUCUUUCUCUUUUCAAAAAUUUUUCUUUCUUUCUUUCUUUUUUCAACAACUUUUCUUUCUUUCUCUUUUCAACAACUUUUCUUUCUUUCUUUCUUUCUUUCUUUCUCUUUUCAACAACUUUUCUUUCUUUCUUUCUUUCUCUUUUCAACAACUUUUAUUUCUUUCUUUCUCUUUUCUUUUUUCAACUUUUCUUUUCUUUUUUCUUUUUCUCCUUUUCUUUCUCUUUUCAACAACUUUUUUUCUUUUUUUUUUCUUUCUUUCUUUUUUCAACAACUUUUCAACAACUUUUUUUCUUUUUUCUCCUUUCAACAAAAAUUUUUUUUCUUUUUUCCUUUCUUUUUCUUUUCUUUCUCUUUUCAAACAAUUUUCUUUCUUUCUCUUUUCAACAAUUUUUCUUUCUUUAUCUUUUCAAGAAUUUUCUUUUUCUUUCUUUCUUUUUCAACAACUUUUCUACCUUUUCAGCAACUCUUUCUUUCUCUUUUCAUCAUUUUUUUCAUUCUUUCACUUUUCAAAAACAUUUCGUUCUUUUUUUUUUUUUUUCAGUUUCUUUAUUUCACGAGAUUAUUUAUUCAUCUCCUGUUUCGCAUUCUUUUAUUUAA